AUGGGUGAAAAGCAGCCCGAACUAUUGAUGAAGGAGCUCCCAGUACAGAACAGCCAAGAUUUGUAUCUGCCUCCCAACCUUUUGCUUACUGAUGGUUUUCUGUUUGGUUUUGUUUUCUGUUCUUCCCUGAACACACUUGCAAAUCAGUACAAGCCCAAGUGCUUCAUCUUCAACAAAAAAGAACUGUUUCGGGUCCCCAGGCAAAAGGAUUACGCCAGGUAUGACCUGGAGGCAAGAGAUUUUGACACGAUUCAAAAUGAUGGUGACAUGGAGAAAGGCAGGCAAGCCUCUUCUACAGAAAGAAACGCUUUCAUUGGAUUAGCAUUUCCCCAUAGAAAGAAAACGUCUCUGGAGAAGGCACUGGAGAUGCCCUCACGGGUGUUGAACACUCACCUUCCCUCACAUCAGUGCCCCUCCUCUAUCUGGAAACAAAACUGCAAGGUCAUCUGCGUGGCCAGAAAUGCCAAGGACUGCCCGAUGUCCUGCCACCACCGUCACAGGGUGACUCCGUCGUUGCCCAACCCUCAGAGCUGGGAGGACUUCUGUGAGAAAUUCAUGUCAAGAAAAGGUGUCUUAGGGUCCUGGUGCGACCACGUGGAAGGGUGAUGGGAUGCGAAGGACCAGCACUGGCUCCUCUACCUCUUCUGUGAAGAUCUGGAAAAAGAUCCAAAACACGAGAUUCACCCAGUGUUGGAAUUUCUGGAGAAACUGUCAGAGGACACUGUGAACAAGAUUAUCCACCACACCUCGUUGGAGGUAAUGAAGGAAAAGCCUACGGCCGACCAGUCAACUGGGCCUUCCUUCACAUAUGAUUUCACCAUCUCCAAAUUCUUGAGAAAAGGGAUGCCUGGAGACUGGAAGAACCAUUUUACUGUGGCUAUGAAUGAGAAUUUUGAUGAGCAUUAUAAGAAGAAAAUGGAAGGGACCACACUGACUUUCUGCACAGAAAUCUGA